UUGCUGAGUCUUUUUCCAAACACGAGAAAAAAUAUAAAGAUGAUAUGGAGAAAAUUCAAAGAUGGAGGGAUGCAUUUGCUGAGUCUGGGAAAAUAGUAGGGCACCAUUUGCAAAAUUACAAGGAUGAGGCAGAUUGCAUCAAAAAGGUUGUUGACGAACUAAUGUCAUCAUUACAUAUUAAAUCUGAUGACGAUGAUGACGCUGGCGAUCGGGGCGUGGACGCUAAAUCUCCAAUUCUUAUUGAUGAAGGGAAAAUGAGUUUUUCACGAGAUAAGAAAACGGGAAAGAAAUGUUUCAUGAUAGCAGCAAGAGGACUUGAUAUUGAAUGGAGUAAUACACCAGACUAUUGGGAAUGGUUACCUCACUCUGACUCCAGAUUCGGGGAAGUGGCAAAACUCAAGUGGGUUUGUUGGCUUGAUAUUCGAGGCAAAAUUGAAACUCGAAGACUAUCAAAAAGAACCAAAUAUGUUGCUUAUCUAGUGUUCAAAUUGGAAGAUAAAUUCCAUGGCCUGGAAACCGUUAAUGCAGUUGUUAGAUUUGUUGAUUCUAUGAGCGUAAAAGAAGCAGAACAACGAGCUAGUGUUGUACAUUUUGCAGGACGAGGACCUAGAGAGACACUACCCUUCAAAAGAGGUGAUGGAUGGAUGGAAUUAAAAAUGGGAGACUUUUUCAAUGAUGCAGGAGAAGACGGAGAUGUUGAUGCGCGAUUAAUGGAGACUCAACGUCUCGAAGCAAAAGGUGGCCUCAUUGUUCAAGGAGUGGAGUUUCGUCCCGAAUGAAGAAGAGAAGAAUCCUCCUCUUACUAUGCC